CGGAAACUCAAAGAUCGGAUUAUAAGUUUGUAUCUAGGUUAAGCUCCAGAGUCUAUUUGAGUUUUACUUUGUAACGAUCUUUUAAGAUCUUUUAAGGUGGUGAAAGGGCUAUUUAUUUAAAGAAAAGGUAACAAGAACAAGUUGCAUCAUCGCAAAAUAAGAAAAAUAAAAAUAAACUUGCUUCAUUGACCGAGUCCAAUAGUGGCUGGCUGCCUGGCAGCACGGGCCCGCCCGCCAGCGAGAGAAGCAUAUGAUCGAACACAUAACCUUCUCCCAAAUGAGAAAUGGCAGCCCAUGGAGCAUGGCCACUGAAUCUUCCACUGUCGCCGUCGCUGGCGACGCAAAUUCCACUGAACCAUGGAGCGCGCGGGUGCGCACCCUCACGCGCCUCGGGCGGCACAGGGAGUCUCUUGCUCUCCUACGACACGGCGACCCCUCGCCGCCGCCCCACGCGCUGGCGCUCCCGGCCUCGGUCAUCUCCUGCGCCGCGCUGUCCCUCCCCUCCGGCGUUGCCCAGAUACACGCGCUCGCUGCCAAGCGCGGCCUGCUCCCCGCCGCCGACGCCUACCUGCUCUCAGCGCUGCUGACUUCCUACUCCCGCCUCGGCUGCCUCCCGCUCGCCCACCAGCUCCUCGACGAAAUGCCUCUCGAGUCCACACCCCACACCACGCUCCGUACCGCGUUCAACUCUGUCAUCUCCGGCUGCGCCCUCCACGCACUCCCGGUGGCUAGCUUCGCUCUCUUCCGCCGCAUGCGCGCCGCGGCGGUCGGCUUCGAUGCGGUCACCCUCCUCGCCCUUGUCCCUGCCACGCCUCUGAGCGUCGUGCCGCAGGUCCACGCCCUCGCUGCCCGAGUCGGGCUCGCCACCGAGACCUCCGUGGCUAACUGCCUCAUGUCCACAUACGCGCGCGGCGGCGCGUUCGGCGCGGCCCUCGCCCGGAGGGUUUUCGACGAGAUGCCGCUGGCCUCCCGCGACCUGGUGUCGUGGAACGCUGUGCUAUCAGCGCACGCGCAGAACGGCCUGGCCGUGGACGCCCUCGAACUGUACCGCCGCAUGCGUAGCCCCGAAGGCAGUGGGGUGGAGCCGGACGCCGUGACGAUCGUCGGCGUGCUCUCCUCUGCAGCGCACCUGGGCGCGCGUGGUGUAGGCUUCGACGUUGAGCACUAUGUGCGCCAGAGGAUCCCGGGCUUCCACACCAACGUGCAGCUUUGCAACGCGCUAAUCAACUUCCACGCGCGCUGCGGCAGCCUGCCCCGAGCGCAGCAGCUGUUCGACGAAAUGCCCAGGAAAAGCAUCGUGUCAUGGACGGCGCUCAUCACUGGGCAUGGCAUGCACGGAAAUGGUGACGUCGCCGUCAGCCUCUUCGAAAGGAUGGUGUCCGAAGGCAUCCGCCCGGACAACGUCGCAAUGGUCGCCCUCUUCUCCGCGUGCAGCCACGCCGGGUUGUAUGACGAGGGGCGCAGGUACUUCUCGGCAAUGGAGAGCGUCUACAAGUUGCGGCCCACGCUGGAGCACUACACCUGCAUGGUGGACCUCCUCGGACGUGCUGGCCGUCUGGAGGAGGCUCGAGAGCUCAUCUCGUCAAUGCCCAUGCCGGCCGACGGUGCCGUCUGGGGUGCCCUUCUUGGUGCGUGCAAGAUACACAAGAACGUUGACGUUGGGGAGGAGGCCUUCACGCGUGUCAUCGAGCUGGAGCCGAAGAACGUGGGAUACUACGUGCUCAUGUCAAACAUAUACACUGACACGGGGCAGCUGGACUGCGUUGCGAGGGUACGGGCGAUGAUGAGGGAGCGCGGGCUCAAGAAGGAGCCCGGAUGCAGCUACGUCGAGCACAAGGGGAGGGUGCACCUCUUCAUGGCCGACGACCACUCGCACCCACAAGCGAGGAGGAUCUACGAGCUGGUAAUCAGGCUGGAGCUGAUGGUGAAGGAGAAGUCGGGAAUGAGGGAGAGCGAGGUGGCGGCCGCCAAGGGACGCAUGGAGAAGGCGGCUGCACAACCGCUGGUUGGGAUUCACAGCGAGAAGUUGGCGGUGGCGUUUGGGUUGCUGAACACCGAGGCCGGCAGUGAGAUUGUGGUGAUCAAGAACCUCAGGGUGUGCGGGGACUGCCACUCGUUCUUGAAGGUGGUUUCGGCCACUACCAACCGGGCGUUCCUGGUCAGGGACGCGAGCCGCUUCCAUCGCUUCGAUGGUGGAGUUUGUUCCUGCAAAGAUUACUGGUGAAGAGCCCUGGUGUUGGCCGCUGGGUGGGUGUGUGAGACCAUUUGUCGCCUUUGAACAAGGCGCUAAAUGAGAUGUGCAUGUGCUGAUACAGACGUGAUACAAAGUCCAAACUACAACGUCCUCACCCCUGGCCCCAGGGUGACGCCGUCUCUGCUGUUGCUAGCGCCCGGUGCAGGUUUGAACUUGAGGACGAGCGAAACACUAGAUCAGGCCAUCAGGGCACUUUCGGUCCAACUCCAGCCGAAUGCGCUCACUCCAGCCGAAUGCGUAGUUAGUGUGGAUACUUUUGAUCGCAUUAUGUACUGUGACACUGAAUGUAGGAUCAUAUAACCUGAAUUACGGCAUCGGUUGCUGAUAAAAUAGAUAAGCUGAGAGUCGGAAAUCAAAAUGUCCAGAAUGAUUUCUAAUGUAGAAUUUCUUCCUUCA